AUGAAAGUGUCACCACCGCUAGCCGUUGUAGGUUCUCUGGCCCUCAUACUCAGCAUCGUAUUCACCUACAAGUGGAUGACAUCAAAUCAUAACCUUGUUUCAAUAAAAACCACUGAUAUAACCAAAGAACAUACCAAACUGCAGAAUAGAACCAAGAAAGAACAUAUUCUACCUAGAAAAACCACCCAAAAGAAAAAGGCCAAAAGGCCUCAGAAGCCGGUUAAAAAAGGCUUUAUCAAAAGAAGAGCUAAACCAGUCCCCCAUCAACCAAAAUUCAGGACGACAAAGUUACGAAGAAUACCUGCAAUUCCCCUGUUGGAUGUAUUAAAGGCCAAAAACCAGCCCAGGCGAGGGCAAAGUGUAUUCUUCCAUGAGACCACCAACUUCCGGAGGGACGAGAAGAUCCAGCUGAUCCAAUUGACGCCUAGGGAGGCAUGUGCCAUCGAAUCGGCCGCCCUUCACAAUCCACGCCUCACUGUAUUUGUGCUCUUCGCAGGUGCCUCCCAUCGCCUUUCCAGGGGAGAUUCACUGAUCAAAGCCCUAAAUCAAUAUAGGAACAUACGAUUGAGGCACCUCAACGUUUGGAACUAUGCAGCUGGCACUCCUAUCGAGAAAUGGCUUAAAGGCGGAAAGCUAUUCAAGUCGAAAUACCUUUUCCCACAUGUUUCCGAUCUGUUGCGUUAUAUAACUCUAUAUAAAUACGGUGGCCUUUACCUGGAUCUCGAUGUGGUGGUCCUGAAGAAUCUUGAGAAGAUGCCGCCGAAUUUUACGGGCGCCGAGAGCAACAAUUCCUUGGCCUGUGGCGUCAUGAAAAUGUCCUCCACCGGUUUGGGCCACAAGUUGGCCUCACAGUGUCUGCGGGAUCUGCAGGCCAACUUCGAUGCCAAUAAAUGGGGUAGCAAUGGACCCGGAGUCAUCACCCGAGUGGCCAAAAAGCAGUGCAGCACCGACAGCAUCCACAAAAUGAUCACCAAUCCCAAGCGAUGCAAAGGCUUUAAGGUCUACGAUCCGAAGGCCUUCUACGCGAUUCACUGGCUGCAGUGGAAGGACUUCUUUCAGCCCAACAGAAUCAAUGUAACCAUGAAGAGGAUAUCCAAGUCCACGGUGAUCCAUGUUUGGAACAAGUUCUCGCGGGGAUGGAAGCUCCAGACCAAGGAUAACUGCGCCUACACCAAGUUGGCUAAGUUACACUGCCCGAAAACAUUUGCAGCAGCGGGAAAAUUUUUCUAAAUUUCUCUUUAGUUAGGGAUAAGUACUUCAUAAGUUAGAAAUAAAUGCAAAUCGUUGUUUUUAUUUUAUUGUAGAUUUUAAAUGUGAAACAUAUACUGUACUUCUUUUUUCUACUCACCAUAAAUCAUAUGAAAAGUUCUCAUAAAACAAAUGGUA